UUAUAGAGGGACUGCGGCAGGCAUUCGGACACUGGGGGGAACUGACCUGGUGUCACUGACAUCCCCAGUGACACCAAUACAGUGAUCAGUGCUAAAAAAAAAAGCACUGAUACUGUACUAAUGGCACUGGGCAGGAAAGGGUUAACAUGAGGGGCGACCAAAGGGUUAACUGUGUGCUGUGUGCUGUUUUACUAUGUGCUGUGUCCUUGUACUUCACUGUAAGCACACUGCUUUUCAUGGCUGUGCUGUGCACAGCCAUCCAAAGCAGUGUGCACGAGCUGACAAGGAGGAGAACUGUUUUGUUUACAAACAUGACCCCUUCCCGGAAAUGCAAAAUC